AUACUGUGUCAUCACAUUUUUCUGCAAAAGAUUAGGCAUGCAUGCAGUCGGGCCCACCCGUUCAGCCCAACCAUCAUAUUAUUGUCCUCGAGGCCGGCCCACCAACGUACGGCCAUUGAAUGGCCCAACCAGUCAGCUUGCCUAUAAGUACAAUAAUUUAAAGAGAGCGAGGUCGUGUGGAAGAUGGAAACGAUAUUCUAAAGAGAUAGAGAGAGCGGGAGAUAAAAUCAAAGUUUAAAAAAAAAAAAAAAAGCUAUGUCGACGGUGGCCGGAUUGCCCAAGUAUGUGGUGCUGAAGUCCAAGAACGACGGGAAGUACCUUCACUACCUCUGGAACGACGAGUUCGGCGCCUACUACAAGGAUCUGGGAUGCAAGCGCGACAUUGACCCGGUCAACCCGUUCGUGAAAUUCGAGGUUGUCCCUUCCACCGCCGACCCGAGCCUCAUCCACCUCCGCUGCUCCUACAACAACAAGUUCCUCCAGCUCGUCAGCCUGGACGGCCUGCGGUGGAUCUCCGCCACCGCCGCCACCGCAGACGAGGACAAGACCAAGGAUACCUCCACCCUCUUCCAGCCCAUCUUCCCGCCCGGCGAGCCCAACACCGUCGGGUUCCUCCACGUGCAGUCCCAGUGCCACCUCAGAACCUUCUUCAACAAGGAGUACAGCGACGAGAUCAACCACGUCGCCUGUGUCUACACCAACGACGGCAAUGGGUUUCACCGCUACGAGUUCGUGGCGUGGGAGUCGUACGAGGACAAGAUGAAGAAGAAGGAUGAGGAGAUCGAGAAGCUGAAGGCCGGCGACGGAGAGAGUCUCACCGCCGACGCUAUAGUCGUGGAGCUGAGGAAGGAUAUAGCCGAGCAGAACGCGCAGCUAGAUGCUGCCUACAAGGAGAUCGAUGAGAAGGAUAAGCAGAUUGCGGCCUUGAAAGCAGCCGCCGUCGCGGGCAAGUGAUAUUUCAUUGUCCUGCUCCACUGCCCAGCACCUACCCUAAUUAAGUUCCUAAAUAAUGACGAAUUAAUUAAGCUAGGUAGUAAUCGUACGUUAAGGAUCGACGAUGGAGUUUCGAUUCGGGUUUAAUGAGCUGUGCGUACGUAACUAUAUAGAAAUAAACAUCUCUAUGUUGUUGUGAGAUGGUUAUGAGCUUGCCAGACUGUGAAGCUAGAUCGGAAGUGCGGUUGUAAUCCUUAGUACGUAUGUGUGAUUAUGUUUUGGCGAGAUCAUAACCAAUUUAAUGUGAUGGAGUGAACUUGUAUUAAGAUUUAAGAGUAUCUUUUAUAUAUUUAAGUAAGUGAACCAUGAUGCUUUAUUAGUACUUGACUAUACGUCGUAUGAGUUGGUUUCUUUGGUCAAUCAUAUUUUCACAUUCUACCCACUUGGUUUCCUAACUACUCACCACCCACCAUCCAAAACCAGCACCACCGGCGUAAUACCCCCUUCGUCGACUCCAACCCACAGUUCAUACUAGGGGUUGGCAUUGGUGCGGUCAAACUGCUUCAAACCACUUUUGCGGUCAUCCAAACUGCACCAUAAAACUUGGGGUCUAACAUGCACUCUAAGUUUUUAGCAGCUCGCGAUCAUGGUCGGGUUAAUCCAAAAUCGCGCGGUUGCGGUUCAAAAUCGCAACUAAAUUUAAUUCGUCUUCUAAUAAAUUUAAUACCACGCGAGCAGCAUGUAAGCACAUCGGAGAUGCAGUGCUACCCUUGGCAGGUCAUCUUCGGGGACGAUGGUUCACCUUCUCCGAUAGUUGACAACGUGGACCCGCUGCCGCCUCCAACUCUCUUGACCUUCUUCAUCUUCUUGUCAAUGAAGUCCACCGCGAAAUGGCUUAGAAGUGCUUCUUUCGCCACAUCUUGUAUCUCUUUCAAGCUCCUCUUCCCAGAUCCCAUUAGUCUCCUGUGUCGUCUGCAUAACAGAGUGUAGUCUAAAGCUGAAAAAUCGUGGCAAGACGGGGAUGAUUCGAUAUAUUCUCAAAACCGGGCAUAUUUGGUGAACUGAAAACAGGGAAAGAGCUCCAAAAGAACAGAGCAACUUGUGUUGCGAUCCAACGUCAUUAUUAGACGACACGACCUUCUGUAAACUAAGAGACUGGAACAACGCUUCAAAGGGAACUGAUGAGCACUUUGGCAAUCACUACACGAGUUGAAAUCAACUAAUGAGCAGACACAUUAAUUACCUGUUGUUAUUGUCAGUCUUGUACAAGAUCAGUUAUGGAAUUGUGCAUAUGGUACUUAUCCCAAGAGCUUCCUCCAAUGUGUAGUCAAUGGCAGAGGAAAUUUUUUAUGCUGCUACAUUAUCCAAAAAAAUACCAAAAAAUGAGAAAAAUAAUACCAAGAGGACUGUUUGUGCUGAAUUAGAGAAUAUAGACUUAUUAAGCGA